CAGUCUAGGGGGCAUAUAAUAUAUGUUGCAUGUUGAAAUAUUCUGGCUAUCAAGAGAAAAAUUCAAGAGCAUUUGAAAUAAACGAGGUGAAUGAGUUAUUGAAGAGGGAUAACCGGUAUUUUCCACCAUAAGGAGGGCACGUGACAUAUAACAGGAGGAGAAUCGAAUCACUUUAAACCGGCCAUAGGCUGGUUAUGUGAAAAUGUUUCGAUGGCAAUGUUGAAUUAAAAACAAGAUGGUCACAUAAAUCAAUACGACUGUCGAAAAAACGGGCAGGGAUGCUAAAACCAUCAUCCCUGAGAAACAUGAAGUCAUCACAAUGUACAUGUAUCUUUUCUGAUGUCAAUGUCGUAUGCCUCCAAAAAUGAUAGGGUAUCAUCAAUUUGGAAAAGCUCAGAACAUUAUUUAUGGAAUGUAGAAGACAUACUUGGGCGUGGGGCCACAGCUGUGGUACACAAGGCUGUUAGAAAGGAUAAUGGAGAAGGCUGUGCUGUUAAGGUAUUCCAUGAUCGUGUCUCGUUUCAUCAUUCAUCGGUACCGAGAAGGGAGUUGGAUAUUGUUACAAGUCUAAAUCAUAAAAAUGUCAUCCGCAUCUUUGGAAUUGAUGUUGAUUCUGCUGGGAAUCAUGUGUUGGGUAUGGAGUACUGCCGCGCUGGCAGUGUCUACACACAGCUUGAUAAACCAGAAAAUGCAUUUGGGUUUCCUGAAGAGGAGUUUCAGCGAGUCCUUCAUGACAUCGCCCAUGGCAUGCAUUAUCUCAAACGAAACGGAAUCAUUCACAGAGACAUCAAACCAGGAAACAUCAUGAAAUUCAUUGAUGAAGAUGGCAGUUCGAUCUACAAGCUGACAGAUUUUGGGGCUGCUAAGAAGGUUGAUGAGGAGGAAGAGUUCACAUCAAUCUAUGGAACAGAGGAAUAUCUAGAUCCAGACAUGUACAAUCAGGCAGUGCUGAGACGACAGUUCAAAGAUCACGGACAGACCUUCACCGGUAAUGUCGAUAUCUGGAGCUUGGGUGUGACGUUGUACCAUGUAGCCACGGGACGCCUUCCCUUCAUGCCACACGGUGGCCGAUCCAACUCACACACAAUGCAUCGCAUCACAAAAGAGAAGGAACAAGGGGUCAUAUCAGGUAUUCAGCGCACAGCUGAUGGUCCGAUUGAGUACUCCAGACAACUCCCAAAAACCUGUGUCUUAUCGCCAUGUUUGAAAAACCUGAUAGUGCCAGUGUUGGCAGGCUUGAUGGAGAGUACAUUGUCAGUCCGCUGGUCCUUCGAUCGUUUCUUUGAUGCUGUCAACAACAUACUAAACAUGAAGGUCAUCAAGAUGUUUGAAUGUAACUCCGGAUGUAACCUGCGGAUUUAUGUCGGAAAAAGUGACAGAUAUGCCAGUUUUCAAGAAGUGCUAGCCAGAGAAACGGACAUUCCAGCAGUGGAACAAUUGAUCCUCUACGACAACAGAGAACUGAGUGAAAUCGUCGUACAAACGAUGGAGAUCCAGGAAUACCCAAAGAGGAUCCUGACUGGACAACUCUUCCUCUACAGUCGUGAGAGAGUCGACAGACAGAAGCUAGCUCUCCCUGAAAUACCAUCUUUCCCAACCAUGCCUGAACACAUGGCGAUAGACAAGGACUCGCACUACCUCCAUAAGAUCUGUGCUAUCGCAUGCCUCAUCAGUAAAUCAAUAUCCAACAUCAUCCAACAGCAAGAACUCAUGGAGCAGGCCGAGACCCAUCUGAGGGAUUUCAUUUUCCAAAUCAUCAAACGAAUCAACAGUUGCGUUCCUGACAUGUCAGAACACCUGAUGGAAAAUGAUAUGCAUCAGAAAACAUUCUUUGCCAGUUAUUCAUGCUUGAACGAACUCGUACAAGUGAUAGAACAGAACCACAGCCAAGGAACCACGCUCAAACGAGCCAAAGUCAAACUGAGACAAAUACUAAACGACGAAUCACCAAAAGAAGUUUUACAAAAGGCAAUGAACCGUUGCAAUGAAGUCAAAGUCUACAUGGAAGUACUUGUAGAAAAGAUGAACGAGCAUGAGCGAGAUGCCAUGUUCAGCUAUGCCAGAUGCUCUGAGGACGAUCAUUGUGUACAGAAGAGCAGUUACUUAGUGACACUCCUGACAGAGAUCUGGACUAUGUUUACAAAACACAGAAAACAAAGGACUCUGUUAACGGAGGAAGAAUUCAUACACAACACUCAGAAAUUGAAAUCGCAAGAAUAUUCAGCGAGACUCCUAUCCAUCCUGGAAGGCCAUUGUCGUAUCAAUGUCAUACAGACGUACGACGUCACCACCAAGCAGAUCAGCUUACUCCUGAAAAACCUACAGAGGACAAAGAAAGUCGAUCAGAACAUCCGCAGUGUGAAGGACUGUCGUGUGAAGCUGAGUGAAAGAAUAGGCAAGAUGGAAAUUGAAUGCAAGAAGAUAGCUGACGAAGCCAUAGAAAUGACGCAGUGGUGCCUUAGAACCACUGCUCAAGGUGCAACAGCUAUGCCCUUGCUUCCAUAUGAAACCUUGUCUACUGCCACUCCGUUCAGUUCCUUCAGCAUGGAGAGAGUGUCUCUCAGCAUGAAGUCACUGAUCGACAGCAGGAGGGAGAUUAAUGAUCUUAUGGCACAAAGCAACUCCAGAUUGGAAGAAUCUAGUCACCUGAUGAAAUCACUGAUACACCCGAAGAAAGCUGGACAACAUGAAGAUCCUGGUCCAUCUGAAAUGGGAACGUCUGACUUGAAAAAAGUCACAUUUCAGCCAAGCAUCCAAGCCACAUCUGGUGACUAUGAACACUAAGUCAUAGCUGAGACGUUACCUGGUGGGAACUUCUGUACACAACAUUGGGAUUCGUAAUCAUGGUAACGCAGAUGCUAAUGGUCACCAGAUUAAUGGCUGGUGCAGUUUAAUCUGGACAGCGGAUUGGUCAAAGAUCAGAAUCUCUCGUCAUUUCUUCAUUAUCCCGGUUCUACUGGUAAUUCACUGCAUCCAAAUAUACAAUUCAGUGCUUACUACAUUCAAAUAGCACAGAUUUGAAACCAUUUAGGGUCAUAGAACAUACAAUGAUCUUGGUGAUGAAGUAUUCUUGUUCAAAGCUUCUGUGACAAAAUGACUUAAGUUUUAAUUAGUUUGAAUUAUCAAGAACACAAACAUGCAUUCAACAUAAUAUUGCCUCAUUUUGAUCAUGAAAUUCAAUAUCUAUCAAAUCUGACCUAAAUUAAGUGGUAAAGUAAAAGUUCCAUCAAAGCUUGCCUAGAUUAAUGGUGAAGUGCAUUAUCUAUUAAAUUUGACUCAGUUUUAAUGGUGAUGUAUGUUUUCCAUCAAAGUUGACAUUAUUCAGUUGAUGAAUAACGGUCUAGGUACAUAUUGGAAAUGCCUGUUCUUUUAAACUGGCAGGAACAAUCUAAAGAAACAAUCCUUAAAUCAAUAAAAUCGUAAGAACUAGUUAAAUUCAUGAAUAUUGUGCAAUAUAAAAAAGCAAAAUCAUUAUUCUGAUUUUGGUAAAGGAAUGCUUGUGAGGAAAUCUCCCUACCAAAUAACUCAUUCACCCCUGAAGACACAUUUUAACUUUUCCAAUCUGAGAUUGCAAUAGUUUAUUAUUAAAUUUCAUGGGUGAAUGAGUUAAUCUCCCUACCAAUGGGAGAGAAAUCUCCCUAAUACAUGUUCUAAAGUCAUAAUAGGUGUGCACAAUAAAUAUUUUAUAGGAUUUGUAGCAUCAGACUUUUAUCAUAGGAAGGUAGUAUAUUUCUUUAAACAGUGGGAGCACGGGUUCAAUGUUAAGAUUCAGAUAAAUCGGUAAUGUUGUACAGAAAUUCAUAACGCAUUGUCAGGAAGCAAAGGGUGCCACGAUAGGUAGUAGACGUUAUUGUAAGGAUUUUAUGAUAUACCAACUUAAUUAAUCAUCUUAAUAUGGCUUCUUAUUUUGUUCUAAAGUGUUGUAACAAAUUUUAUCUUACAUCAUUUUGUAUAUAAGUUUUAACAAAAACAUUUUUGAUUUUAUUAAUUUAAUUGAUUGAUAUUGUUAUCAUUUCUGAAUUGUUGGCUGAGCAAGUAAAUGUACUUUUAUGUUGUAAAGUGAUACAGGUAGUGUAGAACAGCGGUUUGAUUGUGGCGAAGGACUUCAAUAUAUCCACACUAGAUCCUUCCUUUACCAGGCAUGCUAGCUGAUAACUGCAUGAUUGAGAUGUCAGCUGCCUGUAACAACUCGAAAUAUACAUCCACCCAAUCUCCUCCCAACCUGAUCUCCCCCCCGCCCAAAUUUAACGCCUUACCCCUAUCCCUGACAGUCCCCAAAUGUCCUCCUACAUUAACCCCUUGUCCCUAGUGAUCCCCAAACCCCUCCCAUGUUUACCCUUGUCCCUUCUCAAAACAGCCCACAGACCCCUCCCAUGUUUACCCUUGUCCCUUCUCAAAACAGCCCACAGACCCCUCCCAUGUUUACCCUUGUCCCUUCUCAAAACAGCCCACAGACCCCUCCCAUGUUAAUUUACAUAAUUUUAAUUAUUUGAAAUGCAUGCAAAUUAAACAUUUUAUCAUAAGCAAUGUUUUGCUUUGAUACAUUGAUUGAACUCAGGUUUUCUGCUUGUGCUUAUUGACUUUGAAGUAUGUGUAUAAAUAGCUACCAAGGUGUUUGAAAUUUCUUUCUUAUAUGACCCUAAGUAAAGGACCGUUUUUUAGGCAAUGUCCCUGGUGAAACUUUUGAAUAAAGUUGUAAACAAGGCCUACUUAGAGCUCCUUGCUACAUAUUUGUGAUUGAUAUUGAUAUACUUAUGUUUAUUGUACCAUGAAUCAGGUUUUCUGACAUACUUGUACAAAUAGAUACCUAAUUAUUUGAAUUUUCUCUUUAACCCAUUCACCUCUUAAGUCACAUUUGACCUUUCCAAAUCAAAAACUGGGCAAGACACAUUUUAAUAUGUAGGGGGAAUAAGUUAAUAUUCUGAUAAUAAAGGACCAGUUUCUAGACAAAGUCCCUGGUGAAAAAGUCGUAAACAAUGCCUAUUUUCAGUUCCUUGCUAAAAAUAUGCAUUGCGACUAAUAUUGAAUUGAUAAACCUUGUACAAAAUCUUACCAUGGUGUAUUUUAUGAAACUGUGUUAGACAAUUUGUGCUUAUAGGAAAACAAUUUUAUAGACUAGGUUUGUUUAGAUCAAGGGGACAGAGCUAAUUCCCUUUCUCACUUGGGCAAAAGCUCAACACCCUAACCAAAACGAUGUAUUUACGUAGUAAGGCAUUAGGAAAUUAAAAUAGUCAGAAAAGCAGAAAACUUAAGAAUCUAGACUGUUGCAAUAAUUGCAACAGAUGUAUUUUCAAGCGAAGGGUACAAAAACAAAUCCCUGAUUCUACAGGGGAUUUCCACAUUAAUUGUUACAACAUGACAGUGGAUAAUGGCAGGUUUAUUCUUUUCCCGGUCCCCAACCUGCAGGGUUUUGAAUAUGAGACAGUCUUGAAAAAAAAAGACAUCAAUGUAAUCAAAAUUUAUCUUGAAAAUAGGAUAGUAUAAAUAAAAUUUAAAAAAAUUAACCCACUGAUGUUUUAAAAAAAACACUAUAUAAUCUUAUUUGCAACAUAAAUUUGAUAAAAAAUGACUAUUUUUCCCCCCAAGAUGUACAAUAUGCAUAUAAAAAAUUCUAAAUUUAAAAUUUACUGAAAAACAAUGGCAUUAGAAUUUAGAUGAAUUAUUAUUAAUUUACAAAAAAUAAUAUGUAGCUUAUUUUCAAUUUAUAAGGAUACUUUAUCACCAAGAUUGAAUUUGAAUCUGUGUCUCUUUGAAUGUAAAUAAGCACUACAAAUGUGAUAUAUAGUGAACCGCAGGUAACCAGCUUUUUCUUCGGGCAAGGAUGAUGCCGAUUCUCAGCAACCCUCAAUCACGUCAACAGCUUGUGUGGUCAGAAGAGGCUUUACAGUAAAGUAUGAAAGGAGCGGUAACACAACUUUAUUUUCACCGCUGGAAUGCACACCACCCUAGAUAAUGAUCGUGAGGAGAGAUUGUGUUGUAAUUAUACAGAGUAUGAUCAGUCUAUCCCUUUUCUCCUGAACCAGCCUUUAGUCAGGACGCUUAACACAACAGAUAUCCUGGAUUAUUUCCUGAAAAAAUUGUGAAGAAGAAUUUUCGUGACAGUAACACCAUCAAGUGACAAAUGCUUGGAUGACAUCACUGUUAAGGCAAUAGUAUUUGAAACCUGAGUUAAAAUAUCCCUAAGCUAUGGGGAAAGGUACCUGAUCAUAGAUAUACUACCACAUAUAUCUGAUCUUUCCUUGACCUAGAAUUAUGGAAGUCUGUAUUUGAUCAAUUACCAACUUCACUAACAAAUUCGAAGAAGAAAAUGAAAAAAAAAAUCAAAGAUUAAAAAAUAAAAUCUAUUGGUAGUAUCAGGAGGGGGAAAAACGUUUUUUAUUGUAAAUGAGGAACAUCCAAAGAAAAGGUGUGAAAAAAAAUCCAGAUAAGCGUGAAAUUAUUUCACACGGAGUGAGGCAUCAGAUCGAAUGUGUUGUUAUGUAUAUUUCCAUGGGAAAAUACCGUUCAUUGUGUGCACAUUUCUGUGCUAAUUCCUGAAGGUCUUCACAUUUCUGGGAAUGUAGAUCCAGAUUGACCUUACAGCCGGUUGGGUACCGGUUACAACUUCCUACUACAAGUUCCAACAAGGAUUCGUCUCAGUUUGAUCGAGUGACUUAUUAUAAAUAUGAAGCUGUCAUUGAUAAUGACAAUGUUUAAACAGCUUAUGUCUAAUAUUAUAUGUUCCAUAAAUAUUGCUCUGAGCUUUUCCGGGAUACCUACAAACUGCAGUUUGCAACUGCGGUUUGAUGUUAUGAAUAUAUAUUGUAUAAAUAAAUACAUUGUAUUUUGCAA